UCAAGUAAUGUUGCAUUAUCUCCGGUCUCGGGUGAUUCGAUUCGGGAAGGAGGGGGAGGGGGAGAGCGUUAGCAGAAGCUAAAGAAUGGCCGCCGCUACUGCCGCUUCCGUAUCCUGCCACAAUUUCUACAGCAGCUACGCUCAUGCUUCUUCCGGUCCUCUCCCCGUGCCUCGCCGCACCCCGUCCGCGGCCCUAACUCGCUGCGGGAGACUCUUUGCGCGCGCCAAGUUUGAGAAUUUCGACGCCCCCUCCGACGUCCCCCCGCUGUCUUCAGAUGGCCCCAAUUCAGGGACGGCUGCGGUGCCGGAACAGCAAGAAUUAGACCAAGACAGUGACUUGCCAUCGGAUUUGGAGGGUGCGAUCCGGCAGUCAAGUCAAGCAAGUGCUUCGUUCAUAUCUUCCGGAGGAAUGAGAGCUAUUGUAGAACUUCUAAUUCCUCAAAUACAAUUUCUUGAUGCUGAAGGUGCUCAAGCUGAGUUAUGGGAACUAUCAAGAAUCUUUUUGGAGUCACUUAUAGAGGAAUCAGGGGGUCAGAGAGUAAAAGCCAUUUUUCCUGAUGCUGGAGCAGCUGCUCUUCUGAAGUAUCAGUGGACGGAUGCAAACUUUGGGUUUUCCAGCUUAAGCGACCGGAAACCUGUAGACAACGAAGAUGAAGUUGUAGUUAUGGUUGUUCCUGAUUAUCAGAUGUUGGAGUAUGUGGAACGAGUUGCUACCCUUCUUUCUGAGGAUCCACCAAGGCCUCUUAUCAUGUGGAACCCACGGCUUGUUAGCGAAGAUGUCGGAGUUGGAAUCAAUGUUCGCAAUCUCCGGAGAUAUUUCUUAAGCACUUUCACUGUUGUUUACUCGAUGAGACCUUUGCCAACUGGAGCAAUCUUUAGAUGUUAUCCUAGGAUGUGGAAAGUGUUCUACGAUGAUGUAAAUAGGCCGGGUAGAUACUUGCUGGCCAAAGAACAACCCGGACGUCCUGAUGCAACAGAUAUUGAGCUGAUAUUUGGAAAUGUGGACGAGAAAUCAGAGAAGGCACCGUCGUUCUUAGAUAAGGCCGUGAGCAUGUUUACCUCCAUAAACAGGUUUAUGAAGGCCAUUUCCAGGUGAAAUGCCUUUUUUCUUGGGUUCCAAAACCUUUCUGCUCUUGUUUCAGCUCUUUCACUCUUCAGAGUAUACAAUUUUCAGAGCCAUAAGCAUUAUUAUGAAAAGUUGCUUGUUUGAUUA